GGUAACCUGCAGAGCCGCCUGCCCGCCGUCCUACCUGGGAUGGAUGUAGAGGAGGCUUUCCAAGUUGUUGGCGAGUUUGGACCCUACCAGAAACGGGCAGUAGCUGUACUUGUACUAACACAGUUGUACAUGGCCUGUCAGUCCAUGCUGAUCGUUCUGGUCGGAGUAACACCAGAGUACAAGACGGAGCAGCAAGACCAUUCAUCCUCCAUCAUUCAACAGGAAGUGGUUACCUUUACAGGAGACAUCGACUCCAUAGUGACCGAAUGGUUUCUCAUCAAGCAGCAGGCUUAUAAGGUCAGCUUAGCAGGGUCUCUCUUCUUCGCUGGUCUCCUGGUGGGGAACAUCGUUUUUGGGCCGCUGUCCGACCGGAUCGGCAGGAGACCCGUCUACCUGACAGGUCUGUUCUUCGAGGUGCUCUUCGGUUAUGUUACAGCCUUCGCUCCGAGCUAUGAGGUCUUCGCUGUUUCUCGUCUCCUGGUGGGACUGAUGAACGGCGGCAUCGGCCUCGUCUGCUUUGUCCUCACCCAGGAGUAUGUGGGGAAAUCUUACUGGGCCAUGACCGGGACGUUGGCCAGCAUGAUGUUUGCAGUCGGCAUCGCUCUGUUUGGAGCUCUCGGUUACAUCAUCCGGCCGUGGAGGAGCUUAGCAACCGCCUCCAACUCCUCGGGCGUCCUCUUCUUCCUUCUGUCAGUCACUCUUCCAGAGUCUCCUCGCUGGCUGUACUCUCAGGGUCGGACCGAGCGAGCCGAAGAGGUUCUCCGUUACAUCGCCAUGAGGAACGGCAACGCUGCCAAACACCUGAUGCUGCAGCGAGUCGCCUCCUCCGCCGUCGCCAAGGCCGGUAACCAUGGCAACGGCAGCAGCAGGCGGACGGGCGUGCUGCAGCUGGCCAUCCACCCGGGCCUCCGCCUCAGGACCAUGGUGCUCAUGUAUGUCUGGUACGCCUGUAGUCUGGUGUAUUACGGUUUGACUCUUGGAGCCGGUGAAACAUCCGGUAGUCGUUAUAUGAACGUAGCGAUGUACGGUCUGGUGGAGCUGCCUGCCUACCCGCUCUGCAUGUACUUCAUCAACAAGCACUGGGCCGGCAGGAGGAAGAGCAUGGCCAGUUUCUUGUGUCUGGCUGGUUCUGCUUGUCUCUGCACCAUGUUGAUCCCAGAAAACACAGGAACGUUGCUGAGUGUGACGUCGUUGGCUCUGUUGGGGAAGCUGAUGGUGAGCGCAGCGUUUAACAUCGCCUACGUCUACACCUCUGAACUCUACCCGACCGUCAUCAGGAACGCUGGUUUGGGAGUUUGUUCGAUGUCGUGCAGAGUCGGAGGAAUUCUUGCUCCAUUUGUUCCUUCAAUGCGGGCCCUCCACACCUCCAUGCCCUUCACAGUAUUCUGUCUCAGCGGUUUCUCUGCAGGAUGUCUCGGUCUCCUACUUCCUGAAACUCUCAACAGACCUGCAGCUGAAACUCUGGAGGAGCUGAGCAGCUCAACACACAGCCGAGUGCUGGAGAGCAAGCCUCUUCUGUAUGAAGAUGAAAAAUGGAAACCAAACCACAAAUGAAGCCUUCGUCCUCGUCAUCGUCUUCAUCAGCUCAGAGCGCCGAGCGGAGCGAGACGGCCGGAGACACAGAGGGGAGGAACAUCCCUUUAAAUGUCCCUUUAAAUGUCUCCUCACUGUAAAUGUGUGUGAGCUUUAAACGAGGUCAGAGAACGUUAUCGACAGUCCAUCAGCUUCAUACUUCACUUUUUAGUUUUCUUGAAUGUUGUCACGGCAACAGUGCCUUAUUUGGAGGUAGACAGCCGACACACACACACACAC